AUGGUGGCUCUCAUCUACCCGUGCGUUUGGUGGACGUCGACGGUCGCGAUCACCAGGAAGAUGAGAAGAAUCAUCCCGGGCUUGAGCAUGCACAUCCUGGCGUGCGUGCUCUUUCUGCCGAACUUGGCAGAUGCCGCGGGCCAAGAGGUAUCCGUGGAUGAUCACCGGGGCGUCGGCGUCUUCAAGGCGCGCUUUACCAAGACGCCGAAGCAGGAUAGCGUGCGCCUCUCUCUGUUGAGCCCGCAAGACGAAGUUUUCUGCACACUUCGUCAAACUCUGCGGCCGACAACGCCCGGCUUUGCGAUUUUUGGCUCGGAAGGUCGACAAUUUGGUGUGCUCCGACAAGGUUCCAGCGGGUCCUUCGAGGUAUCUGCCGCCGGCCGCACCGUCACGAUGCAGAAAGGGGCUGGAGAGCGCAUCAACGUGGUCGAUGAAGACACGCGGCUCAUGGCUAUGUCAGAGCUGGUGUCGUCAGGAGGUUGGAGUUCUGCCGCAAGCAAGCAACGGAAAGUCAGGGUUGGCCCUGCAGUGGAUGCUGGGCUGAUGGUUCUUUCCUGCCUAGGGACGGAGCUCUUGCAGAUGGAUCGCCGCUGA